AUGCUUCAACCCUGCCUGCGUCGCAUGAGCAAGUGUAGUUCGCAUCCUUUUGUGGAUGCAGUGAAGGUACUGAUUUCCAGUGGCGCCGGAGGUGACGGUGCCAGUGUCAUGUCGCAUGAACACGGGAACGAGUUCGCCGGCCCCGGGGGUGGGAAUGGCGGGAGGGGUGGGAAUGUAAUGCUAAAGGGCAGUAAAAAAGUAAAUGAUCUCUCGCACAUCAAGGCUAUGGGAACCCAAAUCAGUGCUGCACCCGGCAGCGUUGGUUUCGCUCGAACGGCACAUGGUAAAAAGGGCAAGGAUCUUCUCCUUGAGCUACCCGUUGGUACGACCGUUGUUGAUGUCGACACCAACGAGGUUGUGUAUGAUGUGGACGAGGAUGGCGUAGAACUGCUACUUCUUCAAGGUGGUCAGGGUGGGAAGGGGAACGCGGCUUUUGCCAACAAGUGGCACCACUCUCCCACUGAGUCGACUCGCGGCCUCCCCGGAAACACUAUGCUCGCACAACUUGAACUUAAAUCGCUCGCGGAUGUGGGUCUCGUCGGGUACCCAAAUGCAGGAAAAUCGUCUAUUCUUUCAGCCAUAAGUAGCAGCAAACCUACGAUUGCACCGUAUGCAUUCACUACGAAGAGGCCAUACGUUGGUUUUAUUUAUGACCUUUACGGUAAUACAUGUAGGGUGGCGGACUUACCUGGACUCAUUGAAGGUGCCUUUGAAAACCGUGGGCUUGGGCAUAGGUUUCUGCGUCACGCUGAGCGGACACAAUCAUUAGCGUACGUUAUAGAUAUGGCUGAGUCGUACAAUCCUUCGUCCUCCACAAAACCUCUAGAACCGUGGGAGGCUGUGGAGACUCUGCGCAGGGAAUUAGAGUAUUACCUACCGGGGUUAAGUAGCAGAGCGAUGAUGAUUUUCGCUAACAAGAUGGAUAUGUAUAAGGACACCAAGGGAAACUUUUUAAAGGAGAAGGCUGAGGAACUGCAGAGAAGAGUCCAGCUUCCCGUUUUCCCCGUGUCCGCAGCAUUGGGUAUUGCACUGGGCGCUGAACAUCCACAGGCUGGAUUCAAGUGUGCGGUAGAACUCAUGUGCAAGGUAGUGUUCCAGAAGAAACAACGCUGUAAAGAUAUGCGUGAAGCUCAACGGAGAUUGGAGACUUUCACAUUGGACAAAACUUUUUGUGACAAGAACAUUGGUGUUUUCAUUCCCUCCGGGGAUACUGAACAGAGGAAAGGUGACACUUCCCUAGUGGAUCAACAAUUCGAACCCUGUGGAUUCAGUGGGUUGGGCGAGGAAUUCAGCGCCUAUCAGCAGGCAACUGCAGCCCGCGGGAGGCUGCACGAUUUUCGGGAUUUGACAAUGAAAGGGAGGUAUUGGUCACUAACACGGCGAAAUGGAGAGCGUGUCACCAGUGAGAAGUGGCAGUGA